AUGUCGGUCGACCCAAAUAGCGACCCCAAUGUCGGUUCCUCCCGAGGAGAUGCGUCAACCACGUCCAGUGAAGUGGUUAGCGGCCUCACCGGCAGCAGUAGUUCGUCGGCGUCGGCCCUGAUGAUGACCUUACUACCCGCAUUGAUUUACGCUGCUUUCUGGUUCGGACUCUUUCUUAUCUUUCGACGAACCCAACGACGUUGGUAUGCGCCCAGAUCUCACGUACCCGAUAUCCAUGAGCAUCAACGGAGUCCGGAACUGCCUUCAGGCUGGGUGAACUGGUUUGGAACAUUCUUUAAAAUUGAAGACAACCACGUACUACACCACUCAUCGCUUGAUGGAUACCUAUUUCUUCGCUUCCUGCGAGUUCUGUGCGCGAUCUGUGCCUUUGGUUGUCUGAUCACAUGGCCGAUCCUGCUACCAAUCCAUGCAACAGGUGGGAAUGGAAACACCCAGCUUGACAUCCUUAGCUUUAGCAACGUCGCUAAUCCAAAACGGUACUAUGCCAAUGUGGUGGUUGCUCUGAUAUUUUUUACUUUCGUGUUUUAUAUCGUGACCCGGGAGAGUCUCUACUACGCCAACCUGCGUCAAGCCUAUCUAAACUCCCCUGCAUACGCUUCCCGUAUCUCGUCGCGAACGGUACUCUUCAUGUCUGUCCCGGAGGCCUAUAAGAAUGAGACAAAAUUACGACAUGUAUUUGGGGAUUCGAUUGAACGGAUUUGGAUCACCUCAGACUGCAAAAAACUUGAAAAGUUGGUGGAUGAGCGAGACAAAAUGGCCUUCAAACUGGAGGCUGCCGAAACAAAGUUUAUACGAAGAGCGAACAAAAGACGCCAAAAGGCCGUCAAAAAUGGCGAGUUUUCCUCAGACACCUGUCUUGACUGCGAGUCUAGCAAUCCGGGAUGGUCCCACAAAGUCAAGCGUCCCACCCAUCGAUUGAAGCUUUUUGGCCAAAAAGUUGAUUCAAUCCACUGGUAUCGGUCGGAGCUGGCAAGACUCACCAAGGACGUGGAGGCGCUUCAAAAGAAACAUCAAGACGGCGAUGUCAAACAACUCUCGGCCAUGUUUGUUCAAUUCGCAACACAGUCUGACGCCCAAAUUGCCCUGCAGACUCUAUCUCACCAUCAACCAUUCCAUAUGACCCCUCGUUUCAUUGGUAUCUCUCCCCAAGAGAUUGUCUGGUCCGCCUUAAACCUCAGCUGGUGGCAACGUAUUAUUCGAAAAUUCGCCGUUCAGGGAGGACUUGGAGCCCUAGUUAUCUUCUGGUCCUUCCCUGCUGCUCUUGUUGGGACUAUUUCUAACAUUACCUAUCUCUGCAAAAUUAUCACCCCUCUCAAGUUUAUCCUUCACCUGCCCGAUUUCAUCAAGGGCGCAAUCGAAGGAUUAUUGCCCUCCGCUGCACUUGUAGCUCUCAUGGCUCUGGUUCCGAUAAUCUGUCGAAUCUGCGCAAGACGCGCCGGAGUACCAUCGUUGGCCCGGGUAGAACUCUUCACCCAGAGCGCGCAUUUCGUAUUUCAGGUAGUUCAGGUGUUUUUGGUGACGACCUUAACAUCGGCUGCGUCCGCUGCCACGGCACAAAUCAUUAAGAAUCCUUUAUCCGCCAAGGAUCUCUUAGCCCAGAACCUGCCUAAAGCAACCAACUUUUACAUUUCUUACUUCCUUCUCCAGGGUCUCAGUAUGAGCUCAAUGGCUCUAGUUCAGAUUGCCAGUGCCCUGAUUUUCAAGUUUGUCACCACUUUCUUUGCCUAUUCUCCACGUCGGCUGUUCCGACGAUGGGCGGAACUUGGCAGUCUGAGCUGGGGCAAUGUCUUCCCAGUCUUUACGAAUAUGGGAGUGAUAGCACUCACAUACUCGUGUAUUGCACCUUUGAUCUUGGGCUUUGCCUUCUUUGGCCUGUACCUCGUCUACCAGGCCUAUCGCUAUAAUUUCUUCUUUGUGUACGAUAUUGAGAUCGACACUAAGGGUCUAGUUUACCCCCGUGCCCUGCAACAUCUUUUGACAGGCCUUUACUUGGCCGACGUUUGCAUGAUUGGUCUUUUUGCAAUUAAGGGCGCGAUCGGCCCUGUUGUCAUCAUGGCUUUAUUCACCAUUGGCACCGUGCUAGCACACCUUUCCCUCAACGAGGCAUUGGAACCUCUGAACAGCUUCCUGCCACGCUCCCUGGACGUAGAAGAAGAGCUUCUUAUGGAGAAAGAGGAUGCUGUUGCUGAAAUUAAUGAUAACCGCCGAUCGCGAUUCUUAGCAUUCUGGUCCUGGUUCCACCCGAAUGUUUACCAAGACUUUGCUGCCAUCCGCCGGAAAGUACGCAAGAAUGUAACCGCGGUCAACUAUUCGGAAGAGGAGAUGCGCACCGCUUACUUCGAGCCGUGUAUUGCCUCUUCCACGCCAACAGUUUGGAUUCCCCGUGAUCGGUGGGGCUUUAGCCGGCAUGAGGUCCUGGAGACCGAUCCCGUCAUCAGCAUUACUGACGAAGGGGCCCACCUUAACGAAAAGAAUAAGAUCGUGUGGGACAAGUAUGAUCCCUCUCUUCCCAUUCGAGAAUUGAAGGUUCUGUAUUGA